AAGACGACAUAGUUUGUCCAAGUGGAGUUGCCGUACAGCAGCUUGGGCAAGGUGAACGCGCACCUUUGUGCAAACUGCAGGUCGCCAACAGGGGGCGCAAAGGAACCUUCGCUGAGUCUGCAGUCACUCCUAUCGUGUCCGGAGAGUACAAUCAGCACCGAGACAGAGCGGCCAUGGUAUCCCGGGUGUCGUUCACUCAGCUGCGGUUCGAAGCGGAGCUGGAUCGGUACCGGGCCGAAUGCCUGUGGGACAGAAUCCCACCUGUCAUCGAACACAUGCAGGCUGCACAUAUGCACGAAGAUGAUGAUUAUGGGGCACUGCUAUUGGCCGAGGCUCUUCUAGAAGAGUGCCUGCAAGAAAAUAUGGACCUAUUACGGCGAUCCACACCAUUAAUGGACAAGACGCAACCCAAAUUAUGCCGUGCCAAAAGCUACCUCAACACCAUUCUAAGCCGAGGCCGUCUCACGCCCAAGUACUUGAAUGAAGCUCUGCUGCUGAUGGCCAAAGUGCACUAUGUGCAGGGUCGCCACCGCGAUGCUCAGGGAAUGUGUGCAAGGGUGGGAUUGGAGGACCUUACACGUGACGAACAGCCCACCUACCACCUGCGCCUGCUGGCUGAGGCCUUCAUCAUUAAAGGUUUGUCUCUGGACCACCAGGCACACUCUUCAGUGUCUCGUAUUCGUCUGAUAGAGAGGGAGGAAGAGAGUCUUUCCUGUUAUCUCAAAGCUUGCGACGCUGCUCUGUCAUAUCUGCAGGAGCUUGAUAAGACCGUAACAACGCCCCACAGUAAGACAGCCAAACUCAGUCUACUUGCUCCACCUGCGGACAUGGACCUGGGUUUUUUUCUUCAGGCGGCUCUACAGAGCGCUUACCUGUGUUUGCUGCAAAGAGGUCAUUUGGCACAGGGUGCUCACCAGCUGCGUCGUGUGAUGAGGGUGGUAGAGUCACGAGCGUCUCAGGGUUUCAGGAAGGCUGCAGCAAGAAAACUAGCAGAAGUCCUUCUGAGCUCAGUGAAUGAGGACAGCUACUGGCCUCCUCUGGGCCCCCCACCCACUGCCUGGCUCCGUAGAGAGGGAGCCGCCACCUCAAAAGAAGCACGCUAUCCUACCUUCAAACCACCACAACGUUACAGCACUGACAGUUGCUUCUGUCCCCAGGACGUGGUAGAAGAAGCUGUCUUACUGCUUCUAAUUACCGAGUCCAUGGCCAGUGGUGAUGCAGUCAUCAGCCGGCAGCCAGACCAGGCCGAGGCGCGCCAGGCCACCUUGCAGGAUUCGGUCUCUGUCUACGACUUGCUCACUAUCGGCAUGGCCAGGAGAGGGCAGUACACAAUGUUGUCUGAGUGUCUCGAGCGAGCAAUGAAGUUUUCAUUCAAUGAGUUCCACCUCUGGCACCAGUUGGGCUUGUCACUCAUGGCGUCUGGGAAGGCAGUUGGUGCUGUGUCUGUUUUUAAGGAAUGUGCCAGAAUGAGACCAGAGGACCCGUCAUUACCUCUGUUGGCUGCAAAAGUUUGCAUUGGUCAGCUGCACUGGUUUUCAGAAGCAGAGUUUCUGUCCCAGAGUGUUGUGUCCAUGGGAGACUUGGCUGGAGAAUUUCUUCCCCGGGCCUACCUAGCUUUGGGACUCUCCUACAGUCUGCAGGCUUCUGAUGCCUCUCUGAAGGAAGAUCGGGAUGAAUACAACAAAAAAGCACUACGAUAUCUAAGAAAGGCCCAUUCAUUUGACCCACAGGAUGCUCACAUUACCAUGUGCCUGGCUCUUCAGUUGGCACUUGUGCGCCAGGUAUCGGCAGCCAUGGAGUCCUUGCAGGAGGCUUUAUCUCUCCAAGGGGAUGACUUACACUCCCUCCACUUGCUGACUCUUCUCCUCAGUGCUCAGAAACACCACCGCCAUGCCCUGGACACCUUGGGACUGGCCCUCAGCCAACACCCUGACAACUUCAAUUUGCUGUUCACAAAAGUUAAGCUUGAAGAGGUCCUCUAUGGCCCAGCUGUGGCCUUACAAACCUGUGAAGAAAUGUUGCAAUGCUGGCAAAGCCGCUAUGAUGUCAGUCCCUCAAAUGAGACAGAUGACACCAGCAGUGUUCCAGUGGUUGAGAGGCACGGGGCUAGCCAUGGAUUCAGUAAAACAUCCAUCCACCUCACUCUGCCCGACUUCCAAGACACUUCCACUGGGUCCAUGAGUCCAACGGUUGCAGCAUCUCGCCUGGAUGCAGCCCUCUCAGAAGUGUCAGACAUUAGCUUAAUGCAUCGCCAAGGACCUACGUACAUCUGGACUACCCUUGAACGCAUCUGGCUGCAAGCUGGGGAGCUGUUCAUGGAGGAUGGCCGACUGAAGGAAGCCCAGUUUUGCAUAGCAGAGGCCAGCUCACUCUACCCCAACUCACACUCUGUGCUGCUCCAGCGGGGCCGCCUCGGUGAACUCCGGGGUCAAAUGGAUGAAGCUAAAAGUCUCUACGAUGAAGCUCUGGCCAUCCAUCCUACUGGGGAGCGCAUACUGGUGUACAUGGGUCGGCUGCUGGUGAAAAUCAGGCGUGUGCACCUUGGCGAGAAGGUCCUGCGUGAUGCAGUUCAGGUCCACAGCACGUCACACGAAGCGUGGAGUGGACUUGGAGAGGCGCUACAGUCUCGCGGCUCCAGUCAGGCUCCUGACUGCUUCCUGACCGCUUUGGAGCUGGAAGCUUCCUGCCCCAUUCGACCUUUCACCAUCAUCCCUAGAGAGCUCUGAGAGACCUGAGGUGCAACUUUCUCUCAACUAACUUGAUUUUGGACACUCUUUUCACACAGUUUGGUCAUUUGAUUACUUUUAUAAAGUUUUAUUUUGUUUGAUUAUUUUAAGGAGCAUUUGACGUUGUGAGACCAAAACAUUGACGCUUUAUUUUUUACAUGGCGAUAAAUCCAAAAACCAAGCUGAACCUCGGUCUUUGUUGAUAAGUUGUGGAUAACCUUUAUUUGGCAUGUUCCCAUGUUCAUGAGGACAGAAGACCAUCUCUUUGAGGACGUUGUUUUAGUUUUUUCGAUAAAAAAAAUAUCUUAAAGGGAGACCUCCAGAAACGCCAUAAAACCGACUGGGAAGUGAGCAAGAUUUUAUUGGACUUUUAGCAGAAGGUGCAGUGUACUUUGAGUUUAUCAUUUGCAUUCUUAUUAUAAUAUAAUUGUGCAGCAAAAUGAAGCUGCCAGGAGAAUAUUUUAUUAGAAGUAGGAAUGCUUAUUGGAGGUUCAUUUAUUAUUAGUAUUGUUUAAAUGUGAUUGGUUAAAUAAAACUGGCACUUUAUUGAUUUAUUGGUUACCAUCAAUAACACACUACAGUUACAUGUGGAACUUACUGUUCCUUACUUCAUUUGUGCAUACAUAUUAUAGAUAUAUAUUCAUAAUAAUGACACCCCAGCUUUAUUUCUAUUUAGUUUUUGGAUUGAUGUAUUUUCAACAUAUUUCUCAGGGUGGUUGGGUCUAAAGAAUGAAGCCGUUUUUCAAUUCCCAUCAUAGAUGGGAAACAACAUUGUAGAUUUAAAAAAAUGAUAAAGCUUAAAUUUAGAGUAGUCAGUGCACAGCUUCGAAAGCAAAAUGGAUUAGACUUGCUGCCCUUUAAAAAUAACAUCAUUGUUUAAAUAUCUGGCAACACCUCCAAGUGAACAUGUCUAAAGUGUGAAUAUUUCACGUGAGCAAAAUUUUUACCCAUCCUCUUGGCCAUGGGAAGGCGGCCCUCAAUGAAAACAAGUUUGACACCCCUGCUCAAAGUACACAAUCUGCAUUAAAUUCAAUUUUAAAAGCGUACAUUUAGUCAGGGGAGGCCCCUGUUUAUGUUGGAUUUGUAUGAAUAUAUUUCAUUGUAUAAUUUUAGGAAGCUGGGAAAGUCAACAAAUGCUAUUUUUCCAGUGUUCAAAGUAGUUUGAAUUAAUAUUUUAAAUUGAUUAGAUAGACAAUUAGAACAAUGUGCAGGACACAAUAAAAAGAUAUGUUACAGUUAAUUUUUUAUUGUGCAUUAAUAUAUCUUCUGUAUAUAUAGCAUGUUUGUGUUUUUGUUGGUCUUUUUUGGUCUCACCUGAUCUCAAUCCUCCCCAUUUUGAAUAAUAACAGCUUUUAAAAUCACUGCCGGAUGCUGCAUCUUCACCUGCCUUGUCACUUGUGACUAAUGGGCAUCACUUCCCUUCCCAGUGUCUCAGCACAUUCAUGCGUGCACUGGGACUUGCCUACUGGCUUAUGUAACACUGCCAGCACACUUUCCUGCCUCUGAACGCCCCCCACAUCUCUCCUUCUCUCUCACUCCCUCCCCAGGCUUGCCUGAUGUGAUGUGGCUUGGUUGCCUAGCAGCCAGCCCUUGUUUGAGUAACUGGGGAGAUAUUUGGUCUUCUUACCAGCACACUCACAUGUGCACAGCAUGGAAUC